UGAUAAUUCAAAUUCUAUUGAAUCUGAAGAUGAGAAAAGUAACUCAGAAUUGAAAUCUAAAAGUGAUAGUGAGGAUGAUAAGGAUAUUUUAGAUGAAAUCUCUGUAAUGAUGGGAGACUUAUUAGUUAAAACUGAAUUGAAUAUUG